CAAUUCGCAUGCGACACUAAUCCUGUUGUCACUCUGCUGGAUGAUCCUAAAUCCAGACUCCCGGAGGGUCAAUCUCAGAGGGCGGAUGUGGGAGCGUCGUUACAUAACGAAUGCUUCUCCCCUCCGAUAUCAGAGUCACAGCCUCACGGACACACAGCGGAUGAAUCCAUAGCAAAGACUGUCCCUGUGCUACCCCCAAAGCCACAGCAAGAAGCCUUGAUCGACAUCUACUUCCACCGCCUGCACCCUUUCCUCCCACUCCUCGACGAAGAAGAAACCCGCUCCCAGUUCGCAACCAACACCCUCCCCGCCGCCCUCCUCCAAUCCAUCUGCCUAACCGCCUCCAAAGACCCCCGCGCCGCGCCCUUCCUCUCCCUCAACCCCAGACCAACUCUCCUAACCCUCGAAACCUUCGCCCGACUCCUCCACGACGACAUCACAAGGAACAUGCCCAAGCAGCAUGAGCGCAGGAUUCUAACCAUCCAGAUCCUCGCCCUUCUGUCGUUGCACGCCUGGGGCCCCCACGGAUGCGACGAGGCCUCCCUGGCAUUAUCCCAGGCCGUCCACCACGCCCACACGCUGGGCCUGCACCUCGCCCCGCGGGCGGGACGAAAAGCCACCCCGACGCCACCACCCAGAACUGGAACGCUAUUCUGGUGCCUCUGGAGCCUAGACCGAUGGAACGCCGCCGUCAACGGCCGCCCGCUGCUGAUCCACGACUACGACAUGGACCAGGAGGUGUGCGACGUGCUGUCUCUCCCCAUCCCCAUAUUCGCCCCAGCGUUCCGCAUCUGGUUGCGCAUCGCCGAGCACCUCGGCCGGGUGAUCCGAUCGUACCGGCCUGUCCGGACACGGACUACCAGUUGCAGUUGCAGUUGCAGUGACAGCUGCGAACAGGGCCCGGAGCUCUGCACCUUCGAGGAACUCGUCUCGCAGUCCGAUGGCUGGGCCACGGACCCCGAACUCCUUGAACAACUGGAACUCUACCACCACGCCGUGAUCCUCCUCUCCACACACUCCCAAGGCCUACAGGGCCGCUCCCGCUCCCGCACCGCGCAGAUCCGGCAGAGCCAGGCCCUGCACAGCGUGGCGGCCCUCGUCCGUCGACACCGACACCGACCCCGACCCCGACAUUCCCAAACCCCGCCCAUCGCGCUCGCCUUCUCCGUGACGUACAGCCACCUCAAGGAAGCGAGAUUGCCCAGCGCCCGGGCUCUGGCGCUCGAGCAGCUCGAUCUGUUUCAUGGGGCACUGCAGGCAGCAGCGAAGACGUGGUGGCUUGCGGCUGUUAUGGCGCAUUUGGGGAGGAAUGCGCUGGAGCGGCUGGAGCGGGUUGCCCCC